AUGGAGAGAGGGUACAUCUUCCACCCGCCGCCGUUCCCUGGUGUAGGCUUCCGACAGAACCAUCAGAUCCGCGCACUCAAGAGCAACAGCCUUCCGUUCCACUCUGCGCAUCGGUCGGUGUACGCGUCAAUCUCGCACGCCUCACCUUCGCUGAGCCUGUUCAACUGGCGCGCUUCUGUGUCGUUCGCGCGAAGCAAUGUGACCUCGCACCGCCGGAAGCAUCUGCGGAAAUGCUGGGACUGUGUUCACGUGUGUCUGCAACGCGGGGAGUUCCACUUGGCGGCGAGAUUCUUGCGUGUCAUACUGAACGCGCACGAGUGGACUUCGGAGCUCGAGUGGCGUCUCGCCCUCGUACUGGUCGCUUCGAGCGGCGGGAACGGCGCGAGGCUGAGCUACCUGCAGCAGCUCGACCUCAACGGGAGUGCGCCAUUCAAGGCCGCGCAUACCACGCCGCUUCUCGUCGCAGAGUACAUCGCCGCAAACCGCCUCAACGACGCGAUCGAGCUCCUCGAACAGCGCGUCAACCUGUAUCCGUACAAGGCGCAGCCGCUGCUGCAUACGCUCCUGGGGAUGCUGUACAUGUUUGUGGGCAUAAGCACUCUCUUCAACGCGCGUGGAGCUGGUGAACACGUCGAGCUGAGGGCGCUGGACCGGACCACGAAGAGCAAAGCGCGGCUGUGCUUCGAGACCGCGAUUCAGGCGACCCAGAGCUGGCUCAGGGCCGAGACGAGCAAAAGGCAGCGGAUGUGGGGAUUGCAUGCAAAGGAUGCCAAGCUGGACGGGGAUAGGGUGAAGGCGAACAGGGGAGCAGUUUGGGGCAGAGACGUGCUGGCGGAUGACGAGGACUGGCCGACCGAGGAACAUGAUGACAUUAAGAGGGUCAGGAGACACUUGGACGGGCAUGGUGACGACACACAAGACGGGAACGAGGCGGAAGAAAGCGAAGCCCCCACAUUGUCUAGCGCAUCUGGCUCCGUCUGGAGCGACAACGACCCCGACGUAUCCGACUCUGACUCAACCGAAGAACAGCCAGCGUCAAGACGCAAAUCUCGCACGCCGUCUCACCUCAACCCACCAGCCCCACCAGAAGACGCCGACGACGCCAACGAAGACCCACAGCCGACUGCCACCGAAGCUACAUCUGCAGCGACAAAGGGCCCCAAAGCAUGGGCUGCUGCCUGGACCUCCGUCGCCCCCUUCGACACUCCGCAGCCGCCCCUUGCUUUCCACCUUGCAAAGGGCUUCCUGGAGCUGCUCAACGUUCCUUCCUCCGCAUUGGGCACUUUGGGCGCUGCUGGAAUUGCUGGCACUGCGGGCUCUGAGUAUAGUACGGGUGGCGCAGGCGCGGCAGGUGAGGAGGAGGGGGAUGCAGAAGACAGCGACUCCGAGGGCGGCGUAGACAUGCUGGACGGAAUACAGCUUACGCGCGAAGAGGCCGAAUUGCGCUUGCGUCGGAUUUUGUUUGAAGGCCAACCCGAGGAGCGCGACAGCCGCGGUAGUACGGGGAAGGACGGGAGGAAGCAGAGUGAGAGGAGUGCGGUCAAGGUGAAACGCGAAAGUCGUCGACCCGGCAGGGACGGGAGAGAUGGGAGGGACGAGAGGGACGAGAGGGGCAAGAAGCGGAAGCGUCCCGACUUCUCCAGCGGCUCACGCUCCACAAGAAGGCACUAG